AUGGGGUGGCGGGGAAACGAGUUGCGGGUCCGGAUAAAGGAUGGCGACCUUCUGGCGUGUCAGUGUGUCUUGCUGAACGUCACACAGAACAAACCUUUGACAGAAGAUUUUUCGGCGAAGCAAAAUGAAAUAAACUCGUCACCGGCGAAGGAGCCACCCUUUUCGUCCUCUUCUGUCUCUGUCAGAGACGGCGCAACUUCUAACGAGUUUCUUCUUCAAAACGCGACCGAGAACUACAACAUAACGGGGAAGAACUUUACAGAAUACUUGACCUGGUUCGAAGAAUUGUUUUCGUUUCUGAACGUCACUAGGGAAUCUGCCCGUUACCGCGGCUACCGCUACUAUGUCCCCUGGAACUCGUUGUGGGAUCUGCGGCGGGGUGUGCAGAAAAGUCCGAAGCUGCGGUUAUUCUGGCGCAACGCGGCGUACCACCUGGACUACCUUGACCUUCUUCCUUGGAUGGAACGCAUCCAAGCGGCGACAUCAGAUCACUCCGAUGCCGACGAUGAUGAGCUGCUGUCCCCGCCACUCGAUGCGAAUGUAGACUUGCGCGACUUCGACCCCACCGACGGAGCUAGUACAUUGCCCUCCGACGACGCGCAAGAUGAAAACCUCGAUCCCUACAUAACCAGGUAUGACUCCGAAGCGGGACCCGGACCAACCGCGCUUUUACGAGAGAUGACGCGCAGCUCGACUCCAGCAGCGGACCCGCUUGAAUUGGUCGACUGGUUCGUUAGUAAACCAAGGGAUGAAAAAGCUGCCUUCCCCAGCACUUUGCUUUGGCAUCACGACAUCGAACCAUCGCUGCCAGAGGACAAAUGGGCCUUCUACGUGGUGCCCCGUUACUUGAGGAGUCAGUGCGAUGCGUCGUGCUCUGUGCACUUUUUCGACUCGGACUCGCACGGCAUGGAGGAGCUGCGCAAGCUCCCCCAGCUAUCAAAUGCAAAAAUGUCUGGGUCUGCGAGAUAAGUGCGAGAUUUGUCAUGCUAAUCUGGCAUGACUCUGAACUCUGUAUUGCGUGGCCGCAAAGAGCUCCUUCUCCCAGUCAUGCAAAAACGCAGCUUCUCAUGCGGAAUACGCAACUCAGAACCAUGAAAAAAACUUGUCAUGCUGUGGAGCGCAUUCCAGGGAGCUCACUAUUCCCUUCCUUGCAUCACAAGUUUCCAGACCCAGACAUAUUUGCAUUUGAUACCAGCAGGCCACUGACGAGCACCAGACAGCUGCUGCGAUGGCAGAGCUUAUCCACCCGGUCUUGGUGCGCUACAAGCUGGACGGACCCGAAUCUGUCAAGCGGGUGCCCUUCCUUUCGCAUUCGGCGUAGAAGGAGAUGAAAGUAUAGCGCUUGAUGUUGUCCUUGUCACGCGAUGACGCAAAGGAGGUGGAGGUCAAAGCCGCAACUCAGUCUUGUACGAACGGAGAACAAGAAGAAGGCGGUUGGAAAGAGACACUCAUGAUCCGGAAGAUGUGUUUAUUGGUAGGCGCAAGGAAGUGAUGAAGUCAAAAAAUCUGAAGAGGUUUAGGUAAGGUCUCCCAGGGCCAGGUCUUCCUCGGGUUCUGUUGUCUGCUGAAAAACGAAGAAAUUUUGAACAAACAAACAUGCUCUACCAUUUUCCCGCCGUUGCUGGAGUUGCGAGUGCGUGACUUCAGUUGCGAGUCUGCGUCGCGGGGCAGGAGAUAGACACCCCUAUAGAAGCGAAGCGAAGCGCAACGCCUCAAUGUCAAAAAAAUGUUCUUGUGAAUGAUCUUGAAACAUGUCGGGAUGUCAAUCGCUGCACGUGCAGC